AUGUCCGAAUUACCACCUCCACCACCACCUGGUUUUAUAUCGGAUGAAGAAGAUAAUGAAUUUGAAGAAGAUGUAGGUGAAGAAAAUGAUACAACUUCUGAUCUACCUCCUCCUCCUCCUCCUCCUCCUGGGUUUGAGGACGAACUUGAAGAUGAUUUACCUCCUCCUCCACCAGGAUUUGAAGUGUCGGAUGUUAACGAGGUAUCAGAGGAUGAGUUACCACCUCCACCACCACCUGGAUUCGAACCUGUCGAUGAUAUGGAAAGAAAUGAACUAAACACAGGUAUAGAAAAGGAUAACAAUAAAAAGAGACGAUUAUCCCUAAUCACAACUGACAGCCGUCAAAUUAAGAAAAGGAAAAGAAUUAGAAGUAGAAAGCCAAAAAAGAGAAACAAUGAAGGUACAAUUGGAUCUAAUAAAGUGGAAAUGCCUCCUGAACAUCUCCGAAAAAUUAUUGAAACACAUUCAGAUAUGACAUCGAAGAGAUUUGACAGUGACAAACGUGCGUUCCUAGGUGCUUUAAAAUAUUUACCGCAUGCCGUCUUGAAACUCGUAGAAAACAUGCCUCAACCUUGGGAAGAAGUGAAAGAAGUGAAAGUAUUAUACCAUGUAUCUGGUGCAAUUACCUUUGUUAAUGAAAGCCCCCGAGUGAUUGAGCCUGUGUAUACAUCUCAAUGGUCUACAGCAUGGAUUGCGAUGAGGAGAGAAAAACGUGAUAGAACACACUUUAAGCGAAUGAGAUUUCCAGCAUUUGAUGAUGACGAACCACCUCUAUCGUAUUUUGAAAACAUCCAUCCUACGGAACCACCAGAAGCCGUGACAUUAAAUCUGGAUGAUAUUGAAGAUGAAGCAGUCAAAGAAUGGCUUUAUGAUGCAAAACCGCUAAUUGAUAAGGAGGGAAAGGUAAAUGGGACGUCUUACAAAAAAUGGAACUUAGAUUUUGCUGAAAUGGCAAAUUUAUACAGACUUUCUACCCCACUAAGAGAUGUUGUCAAUGAUAAAAAUUACUACUAUUUAUUUGAUAAAAAAGCCUUCCUGACAUCAAAGGCUCUGAAUACUGCCAUUCCCGGGGGUCCCAAAUUUGAACCACUAUACCCUAAAGAAGAGGAAGAAGAUUAUAAUGAGUUUAACUCAAUUGAUAGGAUAAUAUUCAGGACACCCAUUAGAAGUGAAUAUAGAAUAGCCUUUCCUCACCUUUACAACUCAAGACCUCGUUCAAUCGAAUUAUCGUGGCACAGCAACCCGAUAUCAUGCUUAGUAAAUAAUGACGAUGAUUACGAUAUACCUGCAUACUAUUUUGACCCCUCCUUAAACGCCGUGACAUUUUUUGAUGUAAAAUCCGACGUGUCCCAUGAAAAUCUUCAAGAAGAUGAGGAUGAUCUUUCGUUAUCUGAAUCCUUUUCACCUCUUAUGACUGAUCAUGACCUAUCUACUUCAACGACAAAGGAUGCCAUAUCACUAUACAAUGCACCUUUCCCAUUUAAUAGAAGAUCCGGGAAAAUGGUUAGAGCUCAAGACGUUGCCCUUAUAAAAAAAUGGUACUUACAACAUCCUGAUGAAGAAUAUCCUGUUAAAGUUCGUGUAUCGUAUCAAAAAUUAUUAAAGAAUCAUGUUUUCAACGAAUUAAAAAAGAAAAGAGGAACAAAUACAAAACACAACACAAAGUUACUAAAAAAUUUAAAAAAUACAAAAUAUUUCCAACAAACUACCAUAGAUUGGGUAGAAGCUGGGCUACAGUUGUGUAAACAGGGUCACAAUAUGCUGAACCUUAUGAUACAUAAGCGUGGACUUACAUACCUUCACUUGGAUUAUAAUUUUAACCUAAAACCAACCAAAACACUAACCACAAAAGAACGUAAAAAGUCAAGGUUUGGUAAUGCAUUUCAUUUAAUGAGAGAAAUUCUCAAAGUUGUAAAAUUAUUGGUUGACGCACAUAUCCAAUGUAGACUGGGAAAUGUCGACGCAUUUCAGUUAGCUGAUGGUAUUUAUUAUAUCCUAAAUCAUCUUGGUCAACUAACAGGUAUUUACCGUUAUAAAUACAAAGUUAUGCAUCAAAUUAGGGCCUGUAAAGAUUUAAAGCACGUUGUAUAUUAUAGAUUCAACAAAAUUAUUGGCAAAGGUCCUGGUUGUGGAUUUUGGCAACCUGCAUGGCGUGUUUGGAUAUUUUUCCUAAGAGGUAUCAUUCCAUUAUUGGAAAGAUGGCUUGGAAAUUUGCUAACACGUCAAUUUGAAGGUCGUAAUAACGAGGUUGUUAAGUCAACUACUAAACAAAGAACUGAUGCUUACUACGAUUUAGAACUAAGAGCAUCUGUGAUGAAUGAUAUACUAGAUAUGAUCCCCGAAGGAAUUAGACAAAGUAAGGCGAGAACAAUCCUACAACAUUUAAGUGAAGCCUGGAGAUGUUGGAAAGCCAAUAUACCGUGGGAUGUACCUGGAAUGCCUGAACCUAUUAAAAACAUUAUCGAACGUUAUAUCAAGGCCAAGGCUGACGGCUGGGUAUCUUCCGCUCAUUACAAUCGUGAACGUAUAAGAAGAGGUGUGAGGGUUGAAAAAAAUGUGGUAAAGAAGAAUUUAGGAAGAUUGACUAGAUUAUGGAUCAAGAAUGAGCAAGAAAGACAGAAAAAUAUGGAGAAGAACGGUCCAGAAAUAUCGCCCAAUGAAGCUACAUCAAUCUUUUCUACAAUGGUUAAGUGGUUAGAGGCCAGAAACUUUUCACCCGUUCCGUUCCCACCAUUAACGUAUAAGAAUGAUACGAAAAUAUUGGUGCUGGCAUUAGAAAAUCUAAAGGAUAGUUUUGGGUCGAAGGUCCAUAUGAAUUCAAGAGAAAGGGAAGAAUUAGCUUUAAUCGAAGAAGCCUAUGAUAAUCCUCACGAAACACUGAACAGAAUCAAGAAAUAUUUACUUACCCAGAGAGUAUUCAAACCUGUAGAUGUGACUAUGGUUGACCAUUUUCAAACGAUUGCCCCUGUUUAUUCUGUAGAUCCUCUUGAGAAAAUUACAGAUGCGUACCUAGACCAGUACUUAUGGUAUGAAGCUGAUCAAAGGAAAUUAUUUCCAAAUUGGGUAAAACCAAGUGAUGCGGAAAUCCCUCCAUUAUUAGUUUAUAAAUGGGCCCAAGGUAUUAACAAUAUUACAGAUGUUUGGGAUGUCUCUAACGGGCAAUCAACAGUCAUGAUGGAGGCCUCUUUAGGCGACCUAUGCGAAAAAGUAGAUUUUACUUUGCUUAACAGGCUAUUAAGAUUAAUAAUAGAUCCAAAUAUGGCUGACUACAUUACUGCUAAGAAUAAUAUUAUAAUAAAUUUCAAAGAUAUGAGCUACAUUAACAAAUAUGGUUUACUGAAAGCACAUCAAUUUUCUUCUUUUAUCUACCAAUUUUAUGGUCUCGUAAUGGAUAUUUUGAUACUAGGCCACGAUAGAGCUAUGGACUUAGCUGGCCCACCAGAAAGCCCAAAUGAAUUCAUGCAAUUCAAGAGUCCAGAGGUUGAGAAACAACACCCAAUUAGACUAUACUCGCGUUAUUUGGAUAAGAUUAGUAUCCUUUUCCAUUUUGAGGAAAAUGAGGCUGAUGAGUUAACUGAUGACUUUCUAGCCGAGAACCCUGACCAUAAUUUCGAGAAUGCUGUUGGAUACAACAAUAAAAAAUGCUGGCCCAAAGAUGCCAGAAUGAGAUUAAUGCGUCAAGACGUUAACCUAGGUAGAGCAGUGUUUUGGGAAAUUCAAGGACACAUCCCUAAAUCUAUUGUAAAUAUCAACUGGGACGAUUCGUUUGUGUCGGUUUAUAGCAAGAAUAACCCAAAUUUAUUAUUUUCAAUGUGUGGUUUUGAGGUUCGUAUUCUUCCAAAAUUGAGAACAGAUGAAGUAAUGACAAUUACAGAAAGUGCAUGGGAUCUGAUUGACGAAAAUUCCAAACUAAGAACUGCAAAAGCUUAUCUGAAAGUGUCAGAUGAAGAAGUUAAGAAUUUUGAAAGUAGAAUUAGGGGUAUUGUCAUGACAGCUGGUAAUGGGGCCUUUACGAAAGUAGCAGCUAAGUGGAAUACGACUGUAAUAGGUUUAUUCACAUAUUUCAGGGAGGCAAUAUUAACAACAGAAUCAUUACUAGAUAUAUUAGUUAAAAGUGAGACUGCCAUCCAAAAUCGUGUAAAGUUGGGUUUAAAUUCUAAAAUGCCAACACGUUUUCCUCCUGCUGUCUUUUACACACCGAAAGAGCUGGGUGGUCUUGGUAUGAUAAGUGCUUCGCAUAUUCUGAUUCCAGCUUCUGAUUUAUCAUGGUCAAAACAGACUGAUACAGGUAUUACCCACUUCCGUGCAGGUAUGACACAUGACGAUGAUAAAUCCAUCCCUACCAUUUUCAGGUAUAUCACAACCUGGGAAAAUGAGUUCCUAGACUCACAAAGGGUGUGGGCUGAGUAUUCUGCCAAACGUCAACUGGCACUGGAACAAAACCGUAGAAUGGCAUUCGAGGAGUUGGAAGGUUCCUGGGAUAGAGGUAUUCCACGUAUAAGUACACUAUUCCAGAGAGAUCGCCAUACUCUAGCUUACGAUCGUGGUCAUAGAAUCCGUAGAGAAUUCAAGGAAAAUACUAUCCAAAGAAUAAGCACUUUUUGGUGGACAAAUGCUAAUCAUGAUGGUAAACUAUGGAACCUGAAUGCAUACAGAACAGAUGUAAUCCAAGCCUUAGGUGGUAUAGAAACAAUUUUAGAGCAUACAUUAUUCAAGGGUACUGGGUUUAACUCAUGGGAAGGUCUAUUUUGGGAAAAGGCUUCUGGUUUUGAAGAUUCAAUGCAAUUUAAGAAACUAACAAAUGCCCAACGUACAGGGUUGAGUCAAAUCCCAAAUCGUCGUUUCACAUUAUGGUGGUCACCAACUAUUAAUAGGGCAAAUGUAUAUGUAGGUUUCGUUGUUCAACUCGAUCUAACUGGUAUAUUCCUUCACGGUAAGAUCCCUACUCUAAAAAUUUCUUUAAUCCAAAUAUUUAGAGCCCAUUUAUGGCAAAAAAUACACGAAAGUGUAGUUUUUGAUAUCUGUCAAAUCCUAGAUGGCGAACUUGACUCAUUACAAAUCGAGUCUGUCACAAAAGAAACUGUUCAUCCACGUAAAUCAUAUAAAAUGAACUCUUCUGCAGCAGAUGUUACCAUCGACAGUUUAUACCAGUGGGAAGUAUCAAAACCAUCAUUACUUCAUGAAGCAAAAGAUUCAUUCGACGUUACUUCUACAAAUAAAAUGUGGUUUGAUGUACAACUAAGAUACGGUGAUUACGAUUCUCACGACAUCUCCCGUUAUGUUAGAGCUAAAUUCCUAGAUUAUACAACUGAUAAUAUAAGUAUGUACCCUUCUCCGACUGGUGUUAUGAUUGGUAUCGACUUGGCAUACAACAUGUAUGACGCUUAUGGUAACUGGUUCAAUGGGUUGAAACCACUUGUACAAAACGGGAUGAGAACUAUAAUGAAAGCUAAUCCGGCUCUGUAUGUAUUACGUGAACGUAUCAGAAAGGGUUUACAGAUCUAUCAAUCGAACAUUCAAGAACCUUUCUUAAGUUCUUCAAACUAUAGUGAACUUUUUAACAACGAUAUUAAGUUAUUUGUGGACGAUACAAAUGUGUAUCGUGUUACAGUUCACAAGACCUUUGAAGGUAAUGUCGCCACGAAAGCUAUUAAUGGUUGUAUUUUUAUGUUAAACCCAAAGACUGGUCAUCUAUUUUUAAAGAUUAUCCACACUUCUGUAUGGGCCGGUCAAAAGAGAUUAAGUCAAUUGGCAAAGUGGAAAUCUGCGGAAGAGGUCAGUGCCUUGGUUCGGUCAUUACCUAAAGAGGAACAACCGAAACAAAUCAUUGUUACACGUAAGGCAAUGCUGGAUCCUUUAGAAGUUCACAUGCUAGAUUUCCCAAAUAUCGUGAUUCGUCCAACGGAAUUGAGAUUACCUUUUGCUGCGGCAAUGGCUAUUGAUAAACUAUCUGAUGUCGUAAUGAAAGCUACUGAACCUCAGAUGGUUCUCUUUAACAUUUAUGAUGACUGGCUAGAAAGAAUUUCGUCGUAUACCGCAUUCUCCAGAUUAAUACUACUACUUAGAGGCCUAAAGACAGAUGAAGAGAAAGCGAAAAGAAUUAUCCUAGGAGAUCCAACGAUCCCGAUUAAAAAGCACCAUUUGUGGCCAUCAUUCUCCGAUGACCAAUGGAUAUCUAUUGAAUCUCAGAUGCGUGAUUUGAUCUUAGUAGAAUAUGGUAAGAAGUACAAUGUUAACAUUUCCGCAUUAACUCAGACCGAAAUUAAAGAUCUUAUCUUGGGCCAGAAUAUUAAGGCACCAUCAGUAAAGAGGCAGAAGAUGGCGGAACUUGCAGCUGCGAGAGCAGAAGAUAGAUCUGCCAGUGCUACAUCAGUCAUGAAGACGAAGAUGAUCAAUGCGCAAGGGGAAGAAAUUGUUGCAGUUACGUCCACAAAUUACGAAAACCAAGAAUUUAAUUCGAAGAACGAAUGGAGGCAGAACGCAAUUGCUAACAGUCUACUAUAUUUGCGUUUAAAAAAUAUAUAUGUUGCUUCUGAGGAUUUUGUGGAAGAAAAACCAAUCUAUGUCUUACCAAAUAAUAUACUAAAGAAUUUUAUUGAGAUUUCGGAUGUGAAAAUACAAAUUGGUGCCUACUUGUACGGUAAAGCUGUUGAUGGUCAUGCUAACAUUAAAGAAAUAAAGACGGUGGCGCUAGUUCCACAAUUAGCGGACAACAGAUCUGUUCAACUUGGAAGACCCCCUAUCCCAGGUACCAACUUAGAUAUUGCUGGUUUAGAAUUAUUAGGUUGGAUUCAUACCCAAGGAAAAGACAUAAAAUUUAUGUCUGCAGCUGAAAUAAACACUCAAACAUCUAAUUUUGGAAAUAACAACAAUAAAGAUAACCUAAUUGAUAUCAGUAUAUAUUCUGCACCAGGUAAUAUUUCACUGGCCGCAUACAAUCUUUCCGAAGAAGGGUAUCAAUGGGGCCACAAUAAUAAAGAUAUUUUGGACGACGAUGCUGAAGGGUUUGAACCAAGUUUCAGCUCUUACGCCCAAUUACUUUUAUCAGAUCGUAUAAUGGGUAACUUUUUAGUCCCAACAAGCAAGGUUUGGAAUUAUUUAUUCAUGGGUACGAGUUUCAAUACAGAACUUGAGUAUGAGAUGAAACUGGGUAUUCCAAUAGAAUUCUACAACGAGUUACAUCGUGCAACACACUUUCUGCAGUUUAAUAAUAUCGGAAACAACGAAGAACUAGAAGCAGAGCAGGAGAGUCUAUUAGCAUAA